UCCAUAAGUGGAUGUCGGGUUUGUGAGUGCUGAUUGAGUGGCCAUUUGUUCAUCCGGCCCCCAGCGCCAAAAGGACCUUGCUCGUGAUCCGGCCCCGAGCAAAGGCCAGUGUUUGAUGCCGGGAAUUGCCGCCCAACAAGGCGUUUCAAGCUUGUGUUCCAGCCUCGAGCGCUGAAGGGAUUCUUGCGUCGUUUUCUUGCCGAGAAGAGGAGCGUGAUGUUCCGAGCGUGAACAUAUCACCAGAAACAUCAAGAUUGCAGAGCAGCAAGAUUGCUGCAAUUUAAAAAUUCCGGCAAGAGAUCUGCCACAUUGGCGCCCGAAUAAAAUAGAACUUUUGUAAAAUACUACAAAAAUAAAAUUUAAAAUGGACAUAAUUGAUUUGAAUGAUGAGGAAAUUGAUUACGAGCUUCGGCUCAGAAACAAAUUUGACCUUGGUUUUAGCAAUCGCAGAACUAAACUUAGUGCGUUGCGAUCAUUAAUCACGGAGGAGAAAAAAGCAAACACUUUUGCUAAGUCCUCAGAUCACGUGAUGAAUAUUGAAGAUAAUCUCAACAUAUGUUUAACAAACUUAGAAGCGAUCAAAUUAAAUACACGUAAAGCUGUCAUUGAUAACGAUUCGAAUUCGAAAAAGCAAUUGCUUUCGCGUCUUGAGCAUUACCGUAAUAGAUUGGAUUUAAUUCCUAAGGAUCAACCGCGUAGUGAGUUACUAGUGCAACUUACAAGUGAAGUGAAACAGUUACAUACAAUAUUGACAUCGAAUGAAGAUACUGGUGGUGUAGACAACACUCAGCUUGAGGCAGCAGCAAAUUUGACGAUUUCGGACAGUAUGCCGAGAACAUCCAGCCCUUUUAGAGGAUUCGGUGAAGAGGAUUUGAGGAACGAUCGAAGCACCAGGGGUGCAACCGUACCAUCGACAGAUCCGGUCAAUUUAAGUCGUCGGAUGGAAACUAUGCAGAGAACUGGAGCAAUCCCCAAAUCCAACACCAACGCAGAUGCGAGACGUGACAUCGAUUCCAACAAAAGGAAUCAAACGGAGCUGUUGGAAGAGAUCUUGGAAAGACUGAGGCAGUUACCCAUUGCGCAGCCACAACAAGUAAUCCAGAAUCAUCAGACACUUCAUCAAAACACUAAUGCAGCUCUGCAGCAAGUAGAGAUGCAUCAGGCGCCGCCGUUACCAGAUCGAGGCAAUUCUCAGAGGCAUCGAGGUUUACAUCGGGAGAAUCAGAACAAUGAAAUGUCGCAGGAGCUCCGAGAUGAAGUAUUGCUUUCGAUACUCAGGGAACAGAAUAGGCAUCAAAGAGGACCAAGAGGAAAACCAAUUCACGCCUGGCCUUUUAAGUACGACGGAAAGGGUAGUCCUUUGGAUCUGAUUGUUUUCAUUAAGAAGGUAGAGAAAUUUGCAAUGACUGAUGACAUGAAUGGUGACGAUCGUACCGUGGAACAGGAAACGUUGAACAUAAAGCUGGCCCACACGCCAAUGGAGUCAGGUGUCAGCCCACCUACAAGAGAACCGAUUUCGACAUUCGUGAACAAACGGAAGGCUAAUACUCGGCAUUGGAACAUGGAAUCAUCCCGGGUGUUUCCUUUACUGCGAAGUCAGCUGCAAAUAAUCCGGUUUAAAACUUAA